CCGCUUCUCACUUUUCCCAAAAUCCCAAAAAUGACCCCCCAGCUCACCGAGGCCUACGCCUGCGUCCCGUCAACCGAGCGCGGCCGUGGGAUUCUGAUCUCCGGCGACCCCAAAUCCGACAAGCUCCUCUACACCAAUGGCAGAUCCGUAAUUAUCAUGAGCCUCCAGAACCCCCUCGACGUUGCCGUUUACGCCGAGCACGCUUAUCCCGUCACUGUUGCUAGGUUCUCCCCCAACGGCGAGUGGAUCGCGUCCGCCGACGUCUCCGGAACCGUCAGGAUAUGGGGUACCCACAACGACUUCGUAUUGAAGAACGAGUUCAAGGUCCUCUCGGGUCGGAUCGACGACCUCCAGUGGUCCCCUGACGGGUUGAGGAUCGUUGCUUCCGGCGAGGGCAAAGGGAAGUCUUUCGUUCGCGCGUUCAUGUGGGAUUCAGGCUCAACUGUUGGGGAUUUUGAUGGGCACUCGAAGCGUGUGUUAAGCUGUGCGUUUAAGCCGACGAGACCCUUUCGAAUCGUCACUUGUGGGGAGGAUUUCUUGGUGAAUUUCUACGAAGGACCGCCUUUCAAAUUCAAGCUGUCUCUCAGGGAUCAUUCGAAUUUUGUAAAUUGUAUAAGGUUCUGUCCAGAUGGUAGUAAGUUUAUCACUGUAAGCUCAGAUAAAAGUGGUAUGGUUUAUGAUGGAAAGACUGCGGAGAAGAUCGGAGAGCUGUCCGCCGAAGAUGGCCACAAAGGCAGCAUUUAUGCUCUUAGCUGGAGUCCUGAUGGUAAACAGGUUCUGACUGUGUCUGCUGACAAAUCGGCAAAAGUAUGGGAGAUAUCUGAGGAUAAUAAUGGGAAGCUGAAGAAAACGUUGCCGCCUCCUGGAUCGGGUGGAGUGGAUGACAUGCUAGUUGGGUGUCUGUGGCAGAAUGAUCAUAUUGUUACGGUUUCUCUCGGAGGCUUCAUUAGUAUAUUCUCAGCGAGCAACCUUGAUAAAGCCCCUCUACUGAUAUCCGGACACAUGAAGAAUGUAACUUCAUUAGCUGUUCUAAAGAUUGACCCAAAACUUAUAUUGUCUAGCAGCUAUGAUGGUCUCAUUGUUAAAUGGAUUCAAGGUGCUGGAUAUGGUGGGAAGUUACAAAGGAAGGAGAAUUCUCAGAUAAAAUGUUUAGCAGCUGUUGACGAAGAAAUCGUUUCAUGUGGAUUUGACAAUAAGGUUUGGAGAGUUCCUCUCCGCAGUGAUCAAUGUGGAGAUGCAGAGGCUAUUGAUGUUGGAAGUCAGCCAAAGGACAUAAGCCUUGCCCUUCUAUCUCCUGAACUUGCUUUGGUUUCAACUGAUUCUGGAGUUGUCAUGCUCCAUGGCACAAAAGUUUUGUCAACUAUUAACCUUGGAUUCACUGUGACUGCAUGUACUAUAUCACCGGAUGGAAGUGAAGCCAUCAUUGGUGGGCAGGACGGUAAACUGCAUAUGUAUUCUGUAACAGGUGAUACACUUAAGGAAGAGGCUGUUUUGGAGAAGCAUCGGGGGCCCAUUUCUGUCAUACGCUACUCUCCCGAUGUUUCUAUGUUUGCAUCAGGAGAUUUGAACCGAGAAGCUGUUGUCUGGGACCGUGCCUCUCGAGAGAUCAAGCUUAAGAACAUGCUGUACCAUACUGCGCGAAUAAACUGCCUUGCUUGGUCUCCUGAUAGCACGAUGGUUGCAACUGGAUCUCUUGACACGUGUGUUAUCAUAUACGAAGUCGACAAGCCUCCAGCAAGCCGUACAACCAUUAAGGGUGCAAACUUGGGUGGGGUGUACGGCUUAGCUUUCAUUGAUGAGCACACUGUGGUCAGCUCUGGUGAGGAUGCAUUUAUUCGUGUCUGGAGGUUGACUCCGCAGUGAAGAAACACGGAGGGCUUCUUAGUGUCAAGGAAAGAAUAAGAAAGAUGGGAGUGUUUUUUUUCUUCUUCUGGAUUUCAUGGGUUUGCGAGUUUCCAUACGACGGAAGGAUGAGAAGGAUACUUUCAAUGAAUUGUCAAGUAUCAAGAAACAGUCUCUGUCGUCUGGUGCGUCACAAACGGCAGUUCAUAGGCAAAUUGGCCGUCUUUUUCCAUGGCUCAUGACCUUGCAGCUUGGAGUUGGUGGUUUAGUGAUAAAAGUAGCAGCGAGUCGACCAGGUGUGUUGUUUUUCCUCGCGUGUCUAGUGUUUCCGCCGGCCGGCCAACGAUCGGGCAUGGGAUUAUCAACUGCAGAAUCAGAAGAUCAAGCUAAAUUUCAGCUGUGUUUCUUUGUUUUUCACCUCUUAUGAAUCCUUUGUUUGCUUGGUUUUUGUGUGGGGAAGGUUCAAAGUAUUUAAUUAUUUUUUUAUUUAUGGAAUUACAUUUUGUCAUCAAUUGUGCUCGGCAAUGUGUUAAAAGGUUGAAAAAAUUGGAUUCGAUGAGGAUUCAACGAA